UCAAUAUGUAUCAGCAAUCGCUGGACUUGGCAGCUUCUUUGGUUCUCGAGUGAUGACAGAACAUGGAAUCCUCUUCAAUAACCACCUUAGCAACCUCCCCAAUUUUCCACUUCCUGAAAAAGACGAGUUCUCACGAGCAAGACCUCUCAGUCUAUACACUCCUGUCAUCCUUACAGACCAUAAACAAGUAUGUGGAGAGCGUGUGGUUUUAUCUAGUCCAGAAGUUGGAGCGGCAGCUCAAAUAAUAACUCAGCUGACUGUUCGGCAGAAAAAUUUAAUAGACGCCAUCGCUCAGCCUCGGCUUACAGUUAAGCCUGGCGUGGACGAUGUGUAUCGAGAAGAUUUUGGAGGAGGUGCUAAAAUGCCAGCAGAUGCCACCAACGCUCUGAAGGCCAUGAAUCACAGUUUUGAGGUGCUACACCAGCCAUAUGCAAGUGUGAAUGGAAUUUCAAAAAUUAAAGACAAAUUAGUGUCGAUGUCAGAUAUUCGAGGUGGAGGAGUUGCUCAUCGAUUAGAAUCUUCGCCAAAAACUUAGGAGAAUAAACUUGGACCUCAACAGAGCAUUGAAAUUUACAUCAUUGCUCAUGACAGGACAGAAGUUCCAAAGGAGCAGCAAAUACAGUGAAACUCAAGUCUAACAUAGGCCAUGAAAUGGAUUGUAUGUAAUUGUUUGGUCCUUAAAUAUGAAGUGGAGUCCUGUUGCACCUAAGAAAGAUUCUUUCUAAAAAUAAUCUUUGUAACAGUUAAAUUAUAUAAUUCUACAAUUUAUAUAGCUACUAUUUAACCAUUUGUUCUUUUGUGUGUAUGCCACAACCAAAGUUUACUCAUCUCUUACUAACAGCAUUUGUGCCUAUUAUAUUUCUUUUUGACUGGUCUACAUAUAUAAAGUUAUUCAUGCUGGGAAAAUAUUUACAUUUUAUCCUGACAAAAUUAAGAUAAAUUGCCAUUCCAAUGACAUAGUUUAAGCUAUUUAUGUCAGCUAAUGUGCUGUUAUGCUUACCUUUAUAAUUUAUUAAGGUACAUGUGUGUAUAUAUAAAAAAACAUUUAUUAUACCAGCAAUUUUUUCCAAAACAAGAUAACACUUUCUUUUAACCUAAUUAUUUUUUCCAAGUGAUGUAAACUCGACAAGAAAAGUGAAAAUACAGUU